GGAGAGGAGGGAUACAGAUCGAGGCGAUUAUCUUUCGGCGUGCAUCCUUGUUUUCUCUUCUUCAUAUAGGCACUAAAGCACCAUGGCUUUGACCCAAGAGUCGAUCUUAUCUUUUUUACUCGAGCACGGAGGUAAAGUGAAGAACUCUGAUUUCUUGAGCCAUUUUAGGAGUCGAAUCAACAGCAAUGAUCCCGCGGAAAAGCAGCACAAUAGGGACCUAUUCAAAAAGUUGGUUAACAGCGUCGCAGUGGUCAAAACAAUGGACGAGACUAAGUUUGUGGUCGUGAAGAAACGGUACCUUGACUUUAUUAAAGAUGCGCCUCGUUGUGCGUCACCAAAAGUGUGGAUAGACGAUAGUAUCACGAGUCAAAAUACUACCAGCUUCUCUUACGUGUCUCCACUUCGUUCCCAGUCUGUCAAAGCCAUGUAUUCGGACAUGGAGAAUAAUAAUGCAUGUGUCUUGAACUUGAAUGGCAAUUGUGUUAAUGACAAAGCCCCAGAAGACAUUGCGCCAAAUGAAUGCGUGUUACCGAAUAAUGUGGAUGCAACUACGGUGCGAGUUCUAAAUAUUCCCGGACAUCAAGCGACUAGGGUGAGGAAAACUGGAUCCGUGUUUGCAUUGGUCGCUGUAAGGUCCCCACCUAAGACUUUCAAGGAUGAGCUGCACCCGAAAACAACAGAGGAGUCAAUAUUGGUAACCAAGGUUUCUCAAACAAAACUACUCCCCUCUGCAUAUCUUCCAACCAAUAAAAGUGAUGCAGCUUUGGGUGACAUGGACAACAGACAGGCCGAUGAUGUAGUGCAACCCAUAGCAGUCCCCCCAGUGAGGCCUCCUCAAAGCAAGAAUUCAAAACAAGGAGAAGAGACAAAGUACUCAGAAUCAGUGCCUCUAGACCCUUUAACUCAUGAGUGGCUGGUCAAGUGCGCUGCUGGACUAUGGGGGCAAGUUUAUGCUUUGUUACUCCACGACAUUCACUUGAUACAAAGAAAAGACUUUAUGUCAGGCUUCACAGUGCUGCACUGGGCUGCCAAGGACGGCAAUUGUGACAUGAUGAGGAAAAUAAUGGGUAUUGCCAAAAAAAGAUGUGCUUUUAUAAAUGUGAAUGUGAAAGCACAUGGAGGUUACACACCUUUGCAUAUUGCAGCCAUCCAUGGACACACAAAAGUCCUGUUUCUGCUUGUGCAAGGAUAUGGGGCCAAUGUAAACUUACGAGAUAAUGAUGGAAAGAAGGCAUCUCACUAUCUUGGCAGUAAUGUGCUGGCAGAGGUCAAGGUUCUUCUGGGUACACAGCUGCAUAGCAAAUAUGGAGAGAAGAAAGAAAAAGAACUAUACAAACAGUCUAGAAACAUGAGCACUAUUAGUAAAUGCUUCCAUCCGAACAAAGGAAAAAAACAUAGAGUGACAAAAACGUAUGCCCAGGACUGGUGAGAAUUAGUGUAGUCAUGUUAGUUUGUAACUUUUGAUGUAUAGUUAAAUGUUUAGGGUGUUAACGUAGCUAUUAUGUGAACACGUAAUUGCUUUUUU